AUGCACAACUUCUAUAAGGAACGCGCACUCUUGAACGUUGCAGCCAAGAACCUCAAUGAAGCGUGCGUCAGCAACCUGGAGUGCAACUACGGCAACCCGAACGUGCAAUGCGUCAACUCCUUCUGCAACUGCUCGCACCCGUUCGAAUUGACAGCAGCGAGGCUUUGCCUCUUGCCAUCAAAUCAAGGAGGCGACAUGUUUACCAUGGCCCUCACCGUGAUGCUGGCCCUGGCUUUGCUGCUCUUGGUUGCUGGCUAUGCCUAUCAGAAGAUGGUGCGCAAGCGUAACGGUUCAAGCAGCAGCGGCAGUAUGAGCAGCAGUCGCCAUUCGAGGCGAAAACUAAAGAGAAAUACAGACGCAAUGACCACGUCUUCGACGACUUGCAUCUUGACCAAGGACAGGCUCUCGUCAUACAUAACCAACGAGUACUCGGCGGGAGACGACAGCAGUGAGGCACAGGAGUCGUCGCUGCGACAAUCACGCGGUCCCUAUGGUGGUUCGUACAUGCGGGACUCGUCGAUGCCGCCUCGCCACCCGCCUCGUUUCAUCAGGCAGCAGGCUGCCAAAGGUGACAAGAGCCCGCGUUUGUCGACGGUGCAAGAGGCCGGUAGUUCUUCCUCCGAGAGCGAGCCACAGGAGGAACUGCGCCGGAGCUACUCCUCCGUUAGCGACAAGACGGAAGAAGACCCGCGUGCGACGCCGUGGCGCCGCACGCGCAAGGGACAACUGCUGCCCAGCCAGGACUGGCGCAAGACUGGUGGUGCGCUCGUCUACAACAAGCCCGGCAGCAGCUCGCCACCGAUGCAUAUGCUUGAGCCCAAGGAUGAGCAUAUGAAGAGGGUCUUGGACAAGCAGCAGGUCGUGGUAACCAUCGAAACGCACAAGCCAAGAUAUCUCGGAACGUCCCCGAGUCCUCCACCAGUGGUGUCGCUCCUAAGAAGAGAGCUUCCUCCGUCGGAGUCCACGGAUGACUCCUUCAUGAAGGACUUAAAGCGCCGCCGUAGUCUCAAGCCUCAGUUCAGCGACGACCUCUGUGGCACCAUGCCAAAGAGGUGUUCGGUGUCCGCUGAGCCACUGCGCGUCGCGACAGUUGCCGCUCAGUGUGACGCCGCUCAAGACACCUCCGCGGAAGCUGAUCCGCGAAUGGUCGCGACAGUCUCCAAGGAGGCACCGAAGGAAGCUGAACCACAAGCCACCGGAGUGACUUCCGGCACAAAUGUUCCAGUUCACGGUUUCACUGCGUCAACCAAACCGUUAAAAAAGCAGACGAGGGACACUGAACACGGUGAACAAGCACUGCCGAAGGCAAUCGAAGUAGCUAUUGACAAAGCCUUGCAGCUGGGCCGAGAAUGUGGGGUUGCGAAAACCCAGCCACAAAUUAGCCGCUACUCUACAAAACCGGACAAAAUCUCGCUGAACACAGGCUCGACCAACACGGAAAGGCGUUCAUCGUCGCCACCUGUUUUGACAAGUUCCGUCACAGAGGACCGGACACGGCAGAACAAGGCUCUACUUGUUGCUGAAGCCAAGAAGACCGAGACAAGCGCCACUGGACAAAGCCGUGACGCAGUCGCACCUUCAACAACCUGCGCCAAUAUCGACGCAAAGGGAAGGGAGUGUCAAGUGCAGCCUGCGGACGGAAAAACUGCUUCGCUUGAAGUGUUGAAAAUUGUAAAACCACACGCAGAUGACCGCGUCGAUAGACGGCCCACACCGACAGUUUUCAUUGAUUCGAAUGCUGAUGUCGGCUCAGUGGAAAUUUUUGGCCCCAAGGCGCCCAGUCAAAAUGUAAGACAAGGAGGCCUGCUUGUUAAUGCUGGUGUGACAGGGAAAAUGCAGCGGGAGCAACUAGGCAUCGAAGCAGUCGGGGAAUUGGCCUGCCUACUUUCUAGGCUCAUAAAAACGAACGACAAAAGAGAGCGUACUUCGUCAGUCGAAGACAGCGGGACUGUUUCUGUUCACGGGCCCGUCAAGCGCAAGCGGAAGUACGCGAAACACUCUGGCACCAUCAACAGCAAGCUGAAAACGGACUCGGUGACCACAGGACGCACAGAAGAGCUCUCUGAGCACACCUCUCAACAGCUUCCUCACAUGGCCGCUUGCAAAUUGAGUAAAAUAUCAACUCGGAAUCAUGAUUUGCCGGUUAAGCCGGACGUUAGCGGGGCAGCGCUUAAGCAGGAGCAGACCGCCGCUAAGCUAAAAACACUUGGCGUGGAGGUACUUGCGAUCAAUGCAGCAGAGCCAGAGUCCUCGGAGCUGUCAGUAGCAGAAUCUAGUAAAAAGCUUGAUAACAAAAAGCGAAAGACAACCGCAGAAGCUCAUGAGUCUCCUCUGAAUAAAACCUUCGAAAGCACGAUCAGAAAAAUGAAGUCACAAGAAAAGACACCUGCAGAGCAGUCGUCGUUGGAGUCUACGACCAGAGAGAGCAGCAGCACCGAUAAUGCGAAGGGCAGUCGCUACAGGAUAGGCGGGCGAAUCCCAGAGCCGAUACUUGCCGGUGUGCCCCAAGACUAUCGCGGCUGGGUCGAUAUCGGUGCCGCUUACGCUGCGCAAAGGCCGCCCAAGGUUGGAGAAUCUUUGGGACUGUCGUCGGAGAUGGUAGGACCGCAGGAUAUUUCGCUGACGUUCUCGGAGGCCGGUGGUAUUCGAAGCGUGCGCCGCAAAAAAGCAUCGGUGUCGUCCACUGCAUCAGAGACCACACCGUCGAUUUCGGCGCAAAGGCCGUUCCAGGAGUACAUCACGAAGCAGCUUCAGCCUCCGGUGCACUUUGCCGAGAGGCCAUUCGUGGAAGUGCUCGCCAGCAUGGAGAGUGAGAUGGCUUCUACGUUCAAAGACGACCAGACAACUGGCGAUCAGGGCACUGAAAGGGACCUGGACAAAUCCUCACCAACCAGCGCUCCGCAAAGCUCGAGCCGAUCGGCCAUCAAUGAUGAGAAUCUCGAUAAUGCAGUCAUCGAGACUUCGUCGAAAGGAGCUUCCGGGGCUGGCUCUGGAGUAACCGCCACGAUUGGAGACAAAGCCGUAUCGUCGAGCAGCGAGGUAUCCAGUUCGGUCAUGUCCGAAGGCAAGACUGCAUCCAAGGUGGCGAAGACCACGGCUUCUAUCGACAGCGACAAUUCGUCAAAAGAAAUUGCGAGAGCGCGGCUUACGGUGAGCGACUCCGACGAAGGCUCGUUUCCACCAUCCGGAUCCAUGUCGCUUUCGUUUGUAUCGUCCAACUCCAGCUGCAACGCCGCGCACCGCUUAACCGAUCUUGCCGACCUUCCGAGGUUGGAGCACAGCGUGGCGGCGUCGUCUCACGAGACGGGCGACUGCAGCCUCGAGCUCCGCAUGCCAUUGCCGCGACUGACGUCGUCGUCGGCAGUGCAGACGCAGAGCUCGUGGCCACCCGCGUCUUCGCUCACCGAGUGUGGCACUCAGGCGCAGCUACUGCCGGAGCCGGUACCAGCGCGUCAUUCCGGCUGUCCUCAGGUCAGGAAGACUCGAAGGCGCGAAAUCGGCCCUCUCGUGGCUACGGAUCGCCCCUGGACAGAUGACGUCAAGAGGGUAGUCAUGCUGGGCAACAAACACUACCUGCGUCAGCACGCAGGACGACGUCCUACGGCGAGGUCGGCGACCACUUUCGACGAAACUCAAUGCGUUCUGUUCAAAUCAAUGACCGAUCGCAGCCCAGUACAACAGCUUCUACGGUGGCCCCUGAAGCUCUCCUAA